GCCGGUCACUGCGCGUGCGCAAAGCCCGGUGUCCGGUGUCAGGCUGUCAGCAGCUGUUGAGUCCAUGAACAGCAAGACCGAGACAGCAAAUUAAACACACCCAAAUAAAGCGUGCGGACCAGGUUCUGAACCGGCGCAGAGACGAACAGAUCGGGCGGGAUUCAGCAGGUCCGGGCGAUGUUCUGCAGCUGGAGCUAACAGGCUAACUGACAGCGGACCGACAGCUGUUAUCUAACGGGCUAACGGACAGGCCAGCGGCUCGUGGCGACCACGCUGCGCCGCGCUGAUCCACCGAGACCCAUUUAGUUUUUGGACCCUCGGAACCUCCUGCAGCCGCAUCAUUUACGGCUUCCAGCGGCUGUUUUUUUUUGUGACGCUCGACCGGGUUGAGGAAGCUCAAGAGCCGUCAGAGCACGUCAGCCCGGACGGGAUAGACGCUCUCUGACCGGUUCGGACGGAGGACCGGGAGCCGAGAUGCUGAUAGCAGUCGGUGCUGGAACUGGAAACCCUGCUGCAACCGGUAAGAAACACCGGCGCAGAGGCAAGAAACACCGGAGAGUCCGAGCCGAAGAGAACCGGCCCGAUGACCUCUGUAACCUACAGAGUCUGGAUGCUGACAGCAGCGUACCCACAGCACCCCUGCAGACUUGCUCUCUGAUCACUUUGCCACCCCAUGAAAGCACUCGAGAAACAACCGUAUCACAUGCAAACACGUUAGCAUGUCCAGAAAGUCCCAGAAGCACUUCAGAUACAACCACACCACACAAAAACACGUCAGCAUGUUCAGAAGAUCCCUAUGAAACCAUCACGACAGCCCUCCAAGAACUCCAAGAAGAGCCCCCACAAACAUCCUCGUCAAACACUGAAAUCACACUGAUGCCCCCCGAGAAUGCUCCCCGUACUCCGUCACCACUUUCCCCCCAGACCUCAUCACCGUUUCUAGGCACAAUAAAUACCCCCAAGGAGCCUCCUGAAGCUACCCUCCAAAGGCCUCAGCUUUGCAACCAGUCACCUCCUGCAGCAUCUCCAGAGUCCCCUCGCAGUCCCAGCCAAUCACUGCCAACUGUUAACCAGAAUAAUAAUAACACCCAGGAUUCCUCCAGAUUGCCUCACAGAACUCUUCAGACUGUCACAGCAGAUGGUCAAACAGAGCUCUACAAAUCACCUCCUACCUCACCACACACAGUUACCCACAAUGCCUCUGAAUCCCCAUCAGUGUCUGCCACGCACCCUGCCAAAGCUCCUCCCACUCCUCCAUUAAGCCCCUCCCAGCCCGACCCCUUCCUGCUUACCUCAGUGACCUUUACUUCCAGUGUGUCCUCCCACCUGUACUCCCCCCUCUGCUCAUCCUCCCCCUCCUUCCUCCGCUCUCUCGACUCUCUGGGCCCUCCCAUUGGCCGACCUCCCGUGAUGCCAACAGCAAGUCAACAGCUGACCUCACCCCCUCCGGCUGUGACCCCGCCACCUCCAGAGUUAACUCCGCCCCCUGCUCAGCUGCUGGGCUCUGAUGAUGAGGAGCAGGAGGACCCGUCAGAUUACUGCAAAGGCGGUUACUACCCAGUGGAGAUUGGUGAUCUGUUUAACGGGAGGUACCAUGUGGUCAGAAAACUGGGCUGGGGACAUUUUUCUACCGUCUGGCUCUGCUGGGAUCUGCAGAAGAAGCGUUUUGUGGCGCUGAAAGUGGUGAAGAGCGCCCCCCAUUACACCGAGACGGCUCUGGACGAGAUCAAACUGCUCCGAUGUGUGAGAGACAGUGACCCCUCUGACCCCUACAGGGAAACCAUCGUCCAGCUCAUUGAUGACUUCAAGAUCUCUGGAGUCAAUGGAGUGCAUGUCUGUAUGGUUCUGGAAGUUUUGGGCCACCAGCUGUUAAAAUGGAUCAUCAAGUCAAACUAUAUGGGACUUCCUAUGGCCUGUGUCAAGACCAUCAUCAAACAGGUGCUGCAGGGUCUGGAUUACCUCCACACCAAGUGUAAGAUCAUUCACACCGACAUCAAACCAGAGAACAUCCUGUUGGAGGUUGAUGAGGUUUACAUCAGGAGAUUGGCAGCUGAAGCUACUAUUUGGCAGAGAGCCGGAGCCCCGCCCCCUUCCGGGUCAUCAGUUAGCACGGCUCCCAGGGAUCUAGAGGUUGGAAAACUGUCUAAAAACAAGAAGAAGAAGUUGAAAAGAAAAGCCAAACGACAGCAGAGGCUGUUAGAGGAGAGGCUGGUUGAUAUACAGAGGAUGGAGGAAGAGGACGGUGUGCUGCAAGCUGACGAUGUAGACAGUAUCGGCUCUGUGGUUGUCAAUGGCAACACUUCCUGCUCUAUAGCCAACAGCAAAGCCAGCCCAGAGUCCAACUGCUCUUGGUUUGAGGAUGGGUGUAACGGCCACGCCCCCGGACGGUUCUCCAGUCCUGCUUCUGGCCUAUCAGGUUUCUCCAGCUCAGUGAUGUCAGCAACAUCUGAAUCAGCACUUUCUACUCAGUCGGGAUACUCGAGUGGACGAGAAGCAUUUAGUGCCUCCGACUUUGUCCUCAGUCCUCUGGAUCCUCAGAACGCAGACAAGUUCAGAGUGAAGAUUGCUGAUCUGGGAAAUGCAUGCUGGGUGCACAAACACUUCACAGAGGACAUUCAGACCAGACAGUACAGAGCUCUGGAGGUUCUGAUUGGAGCGGAGUACGGACCCCCAGCUGACAUCUGGAGCACUGCCUGCAUGGCAUUUGAGCUGGCGACAGGAGAUUACCUGUUUGAGCCCCAUUCAGGAGAAGAUUACACCAGAGAUGAAGAUCACAUCGCUCACAUCAUCGAGCUGCUUGGGCCGAUUCCUCUGCCCUUCGCUUUGUCUGGCAGGUACUCCAGAGAGUACUUCAACAGGAGAGGUGAGCUGCGUCACAUCUCUAACCUGAAGCCGUGGGGUCUGUUCGAGGUUCUGUUGGAGAAGUACGAGUGGCCGCUGGACCAGGCGGCUCAGUUCAGCGACUUCCUGUUGACCAUGUUGGAGCUGCAGCCUGAACGGAGAGCGACUGCGGCAGAGUGUCUGCAGCACCCGUGGCUGCAGACAUAAACACACACACACAGACACACGCGCAGCCUGUGGGGCUGCACGCAGAGACAGUCGGUGGUUGGGGCGUGUUGGAAGUGUCUGUUGAUUUCACAUAAUGUGGGGAAACUAUUAUCUUGAUUGCGUGUCUGCGCCGAUUCCUGAAAUAACCGGAUGAUUGAAUGAUUGGCUGAGGCUGGAUCCAAACUGAAUCUGAGUCCUCACAGCUCAUCUGUAAGUAUUGGAAUAAGUUCUUCCAGGUUUCUCUCUUUUAUAUCGGACUUAACGUCUCUCUCGCUGACCUGUUGUGUGACUUCCUCUGUUUUUAGACUGGGGUCCAAACAAGUGACGCAGCACUAAACACGUCCUGGUUCUAAAGAUUGCCGUCUUUAUUAACGUGGCCACUGAGGCUGAAAUGAAAGGCUGUACUCUUCUUCCUCUGUUGAGCUUCCUUUGUUGAAAAAGUUGACUGCGUGGAGGUGAGUUUGGACCCUCCUCGUGGUCAAACAUCAGAAGUGUUGAUGUGAAAUCCAGAGUGUGCCUCUGGACUUUGUGGGGUCUCACUGCUGUGAGCGAUCGGGGCUGCGCCACUCUUAACUUUAUCAGCUGCUCGCAGACGUUUUUAUCUCUUUAUGCACACCUCGCAGAAGUCUGCAUUUUUGCAGGCUUCGCUUGAGGAUAUUAGUGUAGUGUUGUGACAUUAAAUAUAGUUUUUAUUUUAAAAAUAAGGUAAAAAAAAAUAAGCAUGGAAAGAUAUUUAUUGUGCUGCUUUGUGGCAGAAGGAGAUGCAACAUUAACAAGGAUUUAAAAACACUGAAUCAGAGCACAUCGAGGUUCCUUAAAAUGUAAAUUUUAAUAUUUGUCAGUUACCUCUCAUUCGCUGUAAGAGCGUCACAGUGAGGUGAGUCACUACCAUGCCGAGCACUCGUCAGCUGCUAACCGGGCGAUGCCGGUGAAGGCCUUUAAG